UCGGGCGCGCAGCCGUCGGGGCGCUCCAGGGAGAGGCGCCGGGCCCCGAAGCAGCGCCGCCCCGGCACCGCGCCAUGGCCUCCCCGGGCGCCGCCGCCGCCGCCCCGCCGCGCCCCCUGUCCCCCGAGGCGGCCCCGGCGCCGGGCGCCCCGGCCGGCCCGCCUUGCCACGGCGUCUCGUUCCAGCUGCAGAUCGGCCUGACGCGCGAGUUCGUCCUGCUGCCCGCCGCCUCCGACCUGGCGCACGUCAAGCAACUGGCCUGCUCCAUCGUGGACCAGAAGUUUCCAGAGUGUGGCUUCUACGGCCUCUACGACAAGAUCUUGCUCUUCAGACACGACCCGUCGUCUGCCAACAUCCUGCAGUUGGUGCGAGCUGCCAGCGACAUCCAAGAGGGGGACCUUGUGGAAGUGGUGCUCUCGGCCUCUGCCACUUUUGAGGACUUCCAGAUCCGCCCUCACGCCCUCAACGUGCAUUCAUACCGGGCCCCGGCCUUCUGCGAUCAUUGCGGGGAGAUGCUGUUCGGCUUGGUUCGCCAGGGCCUGAAGUGUGAUGGGUGCGGCCUGAACUACCACAAGCGCUGUGCCUUCAACAUCCCCAACAACUGCAGUGGCGCUCGCAAGAGGCGCCUGUCUUCCACCUCGCUGGUCAACUCCCAGUCCCUGCGCCUCACUACCACGGACUCACUGUCUUGUGCCUCUGAUGACCUGAACCGGAGCACAACCGAGCUCAUCCCUCGCCGGCUGACUUCUUGCACGUACACCGGUCGCCCCAUUGAGUUAGACAAGCUCUUCUUGACGAAGGUCAAAGUACCCCACACCUUCCUGAUCCACUCGUACACUCGCCCCACCGUCUGUCAGUACUGCAAGAAACUACUCAAGGGUCUUUUCCGCCAAGGACUCCAAUGCAAAGAUUGCAAAUUCAACUGCCACAAGCGUUGCGCCACUCGGGUGCCUAACGAUUGCCUUGGGGAGACACUGUUUAACGGCAGCGAUGUGUCAAUGGAAGAUGUCAGCGAUCUCAGCGAGGCCGAGAAGAACUCCCUCAUGGACGAAUCGGAUGACUCUGGGAUCGUUCCUGGAUCUCACUCGGAGAAUGAGUUCCGGGUCGAUGAAGACCCCGACGACAUCAGCAAAUCACAAAGUUCCGUGGGGUACAUCCCCUUGAUGCGAGUGGUACAGUCGGUCCGGCAGACAACCCGCAAAUCGAGCACGGCUCUGAAGGAGGGCUGGGUGGUUCAUUUCAGCAACAAGGACACCCUGCGGAAACGCCAUUACUGGAGACUGGAUAGCAAAUGCCUCACCCUCUUUCAGAACAACACCAGCAGCCGCUACUACAAGGAGAUCCCCUUGUCAGAGAUCUUGGCGGUGGAGCCAGCCCAGGACUUCUCCCUGGUGCCAGCAGGAGCAAACCCUCACUGCUUUGAAAUCAUAACGGCCAAAGCCACUUACUACGUCGGAGAAAACGGCGGCCCCAGCAACGGCAGCAGCCACCAGCAUGGCGGAGACAGCCAGGAACAUGCGAAGGCUUGGGAAAACGCCAUCCGCCAGGCCCUCAUGCCUGUUAUCCUCCAGGGUGCUCCCAGUGCCCAAGGGCAGGCACCCCACAGGCAAGCAUCGCUGCGAAUCUCAGUUUCCAACAGUCAGAUCCAGGAGAACGUGGAUAUUGCCACUGUAUACCAGAUCUUCCCCGAUGAGGUCUUGGGCUCUGGGCAGUUUGGCGUUGUUUAUGGAGGGAAACACCGAAAGACGGGACGGGACGUGGCGGUGAAAGUGAUCGACAAGCUCCGUUUCCCUACCAAACAGGAAAGCCAACUGCGCAACGAAGUGGCCAUCUUGCAGAGUUUGAGACAUGCCGGGAUUGUGAACCUCGAAUGCAUGUUUGAGACGCCGGAGAAAGUAUUUGUCGUGAUGGAGAAGCUCCACGGGGACAUGCUGGAAAUGAUCCUGUCUUCGGAGAAGGGGCGGCUCCCGGAAAGGCUCACCAAAUUUCUUAUCACACAGAUCCUAGUGGCGCUCCGGCACCUGCAUUUCAAGAACAUCGUACACUGCGACCUCAAGCCAGAAAAUGUCCUCUUGGCCUCAGCCGAGCCGUUUCCCCAGGUGAAGCUGUGUGACUUCGGCUUUGCCCGCAUCAUUGGCGAGAAGUCAUUCCGGCGUUCUGUAGUGGGCACCCCAGCCUACCUGGCACCGGAAGUUCUGCUCAACCAGGGCUACAACCGCUCUCUGGACAUGUGGUCGGUGGGCGUCAUCAUGUACGUCAGUUUGAGUGGCACUUUCCCUUUCAAUGAAGAUGAAGAUAUCAGUGACCAGAUCCAGAACGCUGCCUUCAUGUACCCACCGAACCCCUGGCGCCAGAUCUCAGUCGGAGCCAUUGACCUGAUCAACAACCUCCUGCAGGUGAAGAUGAGGAAACGCUACAGUGUGGAUAAAUCUCUCAGCCACUCUUGGCUACAGGACUACCAAACAUGGCUGGACCUCCGUGAAUUAGAGAGCAGAAUGGCCGAGCGCUACAUCACCCAUGAGAGCGACGAUGCCCGAUGGGAACAGUUUGCCACGGAGCACGGCCUGCCAUACCCCGACCAUCUGCGUGUUCGCCGGUUGGACGAAGAAGAGGAGGAAGAACAGCAGCAGGAGGUUGAGAUGAAGGGCUUAGCAGAGCGGGUCAGUGUGCUGUGAAGAGCCGCCGGAUGCUCAAACGAAGGACUCGCAGGGGGACGGACUGUUGUCCAGCUGGAAUGUCAGCCAUCCUCACAGAUCUUGUUCUUUCCAAAGAGGGGAGCGCCCCUCACUUUGCAGGCAGUGGGCCGGCGGGGAAGACUUCUGGCCAAGCACCUUUCCACCAGUCCAUUUCUCCAGUAAUGAACCUGUUCCUCAAGGAAAACGGCAGCAAGAAAUUCUCCUUUGGGAAGGACAUCACCUCGUGGUCAGAGAUUUGGAGAACCACAGAGCCCUUUGGUGUGUUUGGGGACUGGUUGAUGGAGAUAAGCCAGGGGCACUUUGGGAGGAAAGGGACUGGCUGGCCUCAGCCCAGCCGGAAGGCCGAGGGGUCUCCUUUUGCGUUGGGCUCCCUCAAAGGGGGAUCUUUAAGGAGGGAGGUUGCAGGGUCUGUUGUCCACCAGCUUUGCAGAGAAGGACAAGAGGGUUUGCAUCACUUUAGGCCAAGGAGGUUGAUGUAAAGACCGGGUGGGUGGUGGACCGAGUAUUCUCUGUUUCCUGGUGUCACAGGAACUCCCAAAAGAGCUAGAAUCAAGAAAGCCUCAUAUUUUUAACCCUUGUCCGCACCACAGAUUGGGGGCUACCAACGUCCCACCAGACCCUCCUCAAAUUCAAAGGAACACACACAAGGUGCUUAUUCAGAAUAGGUGAACUGGACCCUUGAAACGUUUAAACUCGAGUCUCUCCCCCACUCUACCCACACUUCUAAUUUUGCAGUCGUGCCUUUGAUACAAACCAGGAUUCUCUUUUUGCCGCACACUCGUCCACAGCCCCUCUCCAGUGUGUGCCUCGUCUCCUUCCAAAAUAUCCGUUGAAAAAGUUCCUUUCUGGAGCAGCCCAGGACUCGAGAAGCCAAUUCUUUGGGCUCGAAACAAAGCCCUCUUUUUUUUUUCCCCUUCCAGGAGCAGGGGGAGUGUUGAGUUGCGGGAUUUGGGGCAGGCAGCUUGGCCUGUAAAAACUAUUGAUCUGCAGCAGCCAGGGUCUUUUAACGGAGAGGGAGAGGGGGAACAGGAAAAGGUUGGGGAGGGGGAGAAUGCAUUUGGCUGCUGGAAACGCUUGCUGUCUGCCCUUCCGAACCCACAGCGGUCUGGACGAGACUCAAGGGAAUCUUGGAGUGGUGUUUGAAAGUCCGAUCAGGUUUAACGGUUUGGAGGGGGAAACCAUUUGAGGAACAUUGAGCAUCUGUUUUCAAAGUUUCAACCGUCGGAGGACCCUUUCCAUGCUGACUUGUCCGCCAAAAGACUCCUGCGGCGUUGCCACCCAAGCCAGGGCUUGAUGGAGGGUUCUGGGGCUGGUCCUAAGUGCAUAGGAUGCUGUCAGUGUGUGCAGCUGGAUACCUCUGGUCUGUGAAAUGUCAGGGUGUGUCCUCUCACGUUGUAGGCAAGUUCCUUCUUUUCCGAUAUUAUGGGGCAGGAACCGUGCACGUUUCUGCUCCCACCCUGUGCUGCCUGUUUUACCCAGAGCUCGUGGACAGACCCUGUCCUUUGCCUCCCCCUUCCCUCAUCCCAUGUCUCUUAUGAGGACGAGCCCCGUGCCGCAGGCUUGGUUCAUCCAGAUUCUUGUACAGUUGGAAACUGCAGUUGGUUCAUGAGAUGGUUGCUGUUGGCUGGACCUGGAAGGAUUUGUGACCUGGCAGCUGUAACGGCUGAGAGAUUUCUCUCCCCCUCCCCCCCAUUGGUCAGACAGCUGCAGCCAGGGUGUUGCAUGGGGCCAGAAAUGUCUGUCUCUUUUUUUAAAAAAAAAAUUAGAAAUCUCAUGUUGUAAA